AUGAGCUCUGUCUCUCUCAAGACCGGACGUUCUUCAAAGUUGAGCCAAGGACCCGCCGGCGCCCAGAGCAGCCAGAACCUGCUCUUGGACAAGGUCAACGCUCGAACGUCAACUCCCGACUCCGAGGCGCUGGCCAGCUCUGAAGACGAACUUGACCACCGCUCAGACGUGCCCCAGGCCUCUGUUGUGCAGCCUCAGAAGCCAGUUCGACGAUCUUCGUGGCUCAACGACACGACGCAGACCCUUUCUCGUCCCCGCAAAGGCUCGUUUGCUAGCAGUUCCAUGUCUCCCACGGCAUCUCACCCAAGUACGCCGUCUGCCGAGGCUGGCAACGGGCCCUGGGGGUCGCACUCCACUUCCUCCGUCAUGGGUCGCGCCACCGGCACGUCGGCCUUUACGUGGGGAACCGGUAUCUGGAAUGAUCGCAAAGAUGCACCUUCAAGGCUCAGCGAAGUCUUGCCCUCGCCGACUUCGACGACAUCCCCAGUUUCGCGCGAACCCGGGCCGAACCCGCAAAUCCCCUUUGCAAUUCCGCUGCAUCCAACCCCAAAGACAUAUCGUUCUCAGUCUUAUUCGGUAGGGCAGCUGGAUCCUGAAAUCGCCCCUCCGCCGUCUAUGUGCUCGUCGGCAGCCUUGGGCCGCGCACGACACCCGGCCCUGCAGCAUCGGCCAUCGCGGCCAAGCAUGUUGAGCGAAAUGGCAAACGAUGGCUCGGUCCUCAGCAAGGUCAAGGAGGUGGAGGGCGACGACGAGAGCCCAACAGAAUCCCUUCAAGGCUCUUUCCAUCAGAUGUCCGACUCGAAAACCAUUGAGAUGCUUACGCGGGAGAACGCUAUGCUCCGUCAGCAGCAGCAGUACAACAGCCGUAUCCGUCCACGCGCCUCGACCGGAGCAACCUAUCUUGCCAACGGGUAUCCAUUGAGAGAGACUGUUCCCGAAGAGUCGGACUACGCAAUCGACGAGCUGGAUGAAUCCAACGAGGCCGGUGAUCCUUUUGGACGGCGCAGCAGUGCUCGACGAAUGAGCGAAUAUGGCGGAGGUCCCAUCCGCGGUCCUGGGAUGGACAAUCGCAAAGUGGACAAUAUGAAUCUGAAGAAGGCUCUCUGGUCAAGCUCGCCCGGAUUCUUUGGAGGGGAUGUUUCGCAAAGCAGGCGUCACUCAUUUGCGAACAUGCCCACACGUCAAGGGUCCAUUAGCUCCAUCGCCGAUUCGGUCUCGUUUCUCGAUGCCAACGCGGCCGACGGCCAGCCGUCUCAAGGGUUCUCCGUAUUCCCUGACGGCCAAGGCUUCUCAGCCUCUUCAGGCAACCCCGCGGGUCUCUUUGGCAACGGGUCCAACACUCUCCAGGCAGCCUUCAACGGCCCAUACGGAUCCUCUUUCGGGCUGCAGGAUCAGUUUGCCAACCGAGCGCCGUCUCCCCACCGCAAUAUCUACGGAAUGGCGCAGCCAAGACACAACCAGCUCCUCCAUGUGGUUUUGUUCAAAUGUGCCAGGGCCGAUGUUUUCUACAUCCAAGAAGGCACUGGACUAACCGUCAAGCCGGGCGAUCUGGUGAUUGUGGAGGCCGAUCGCGGCACUGACCUCGGCACCGUGGCCAAGGACAACGUUGAUUGGCAGACCGCCAAGGAGCUGAAGGAGCACUACGCAGAGGAGCACUACAAAUGGCUGAUGAUGUACUCGCAAGGUGCCGCCGCGGCGCAAGAGGGUGCUAGCCCUGACCUUUUGACCUCGACUGGCGGAUUUCAUGGAAGUGCCGUCGGCGGCAUGGGUCCUCCGAGUCAAAACCACAUACAGGAGCCAAGCACAGGUGAUCUUCGACCAAAGCUGAUCAAGCGACUCGCCCAGAACCACGAGGUUCAUUCCUUGCGGGACAAGGAGGGUCAGGAGGCCAAGGCGAAGAGAGUUUGCAUGCAAAAGGUCAAAGAGCAUGGAUUAAACAUGGAGAUUCUCGACGCCGAGUUCCAAAUGGACUGGAAGAAGCUAACAUUCUACUACUUCGCCGAUUCCUACAUCAACUUCAACUCUCUUGUCACCGACUUGUUCAAAAUAUACAAGACUAGAAUCUGGAUGUCAGCGAUAAACCCGGCCUCGUUCGCAAGCCCGACACUGGGCAUCCAAGCUCCCAGUGGCGUCGGACCUGGUGCUAACCACCAGGCCCAAGAGCAGCAGUCGCAGGCAUACGUCCAGGGACCACAAGGUACUCGUGGAUUCCGCGCACCCUUCGCCCAGCCGUUCGGGGGCGACCGGCCAGUUGCGACGGCUUCCGGAUACUCGGCAUCGAACUACGCAUACGGAACAGGCGGCGGGGCCUUUGCAAAUCCCCGGGGGUACCAUCAGAAUGAUUGGACCGCCAACUUCCAGGGACUUUCUCUGAAUACACACUAG